AAAGUCUGCUUUUUCUGCUCAUUUGUGUUAUUUCAUCCCUUUCAUUUGUACGCAUGAAAUCAAAUCCUUUUUCUCUCAUCUUUCACUACUCCCAAAUCCAGCUCUCUUUGAUUAAUUUGUCAUUCCCUUCAGUCUUCCUUAACUUCCUACUUCCAUAAUCUCUCAACCUAAUCUGCACUGCAUUAUCCAUUGAUUGUUUGGCUUUUGUUCCUCGUCAAUCCACUUGUAUUCUCUGUAACUUUGUUUUAUCAUCUAUACAUUUCUCAAAACCUUUAAAAAAAAAAAAGAAAAAAGAAAAGAAAACAGAGGGUAUUAGAAAGAACAGAGCAGCAGCAUUCUUUGUUCAUUUGUAUAAUUGUUGAUCAAUAUUUCACCGCAAAUCACAACAUGUUUGCGCACAAGGACCAGUCCAAUGUCAUCAAGGUGCUGAGGAAACAAAUUGCUGACUUGGAGGACGAGAAAGAGAGUGUGAAGCGCUAUACUGAAGAUUUUCCCAAUAGCAAAACUGAAGAGCUCAAGAAAUGGCCGAAGAAAACAUCAGAGCUCAUUGAAAAAGCACACGAUUUGUUAGAAGAUGUUGGGAAACGUGGGAAGUCUCUUUUCCAACUUAGAAAGAAGGCGGAGCAGAUAUGCAAGGAUAUUGCUGCACAUGUUCAAGAAGCUCGUGGAUUCUCCGAUAUCCCACUUUCCUAUCGACAAGAGAAAGUGGCUGCUAAUCGUUUUGAGGACUUUGAAUCGAGAAGUGGGGUUUUGAAGGACAUCAUGGAGGCACUACGAAGUCCUGGCAUCAACAAGAUAGGAGUGUACGGGAAGCCUGGUAUGGGGAAGACAAUGAUGGUUAGAGAAGUUAAAAGAAGAGCUGAGCAAGAGAGAUUGUUUGAUGCAGUGCUAGUGGCAACUGUGGGUAGGAAUCCAGACUUACCAAGAAUUCAAGAUGAAAUUGCACGUGUUUCUAAUGAACAGACAGGGCUGAUAGAAGACAAGGUCCUCGUGAUUUUGGACGACUUAUGGGAGCCAGGAUCAUCUUUGGAGUUGCUUGGAAUAAAUGGGAAGGAAGAAGACAAGGUUGUAUCUUACAAACUUUUGCUGACCUCUAGAGAUAGAGAUCUUGUAUCUCAUACAUCGGAAACACAAAUUGAAAUUGGCAGCUUAGCUUGGGGAGACGCAUGGAGCCUAUUUAAGAAGAUAGCUGAUGAUCCAGAUAAAAGUCGUGGUUUGCCGUUCUAUGCAAAUGAGAUUACCAAGAAGUGUGAGGGCUUGCCCAUUGCUGUUGCGACACUCGCAAAUGCCUUGAGAAGAAGGAAUCUGAUUGAGUGGAAGACUACUUUACGAAAGCUACAAAGCCUGCCCUUUGAUCAGCAGAAUUCAAGUCAGAUACCACAAAGCCUGUAUUCGGCUAUCGAGUUGCAUUGCAGUGGUUUGAAAAGCAACGAACUCCAACAAAUUUUCUUGCUUUGCAGUCUACUGGGUCGGAAUGCAACCAUUCAAAACUUGUUGAAAUAUGGUAUAGGCUUGGGUUUAUUCCCAGGAGUCAAAUCUAUAGAGGAAGCACGAGCUCAAUUGCUAAAUUCGGUGACUAAACUCACAGAUUCUUCUUUGUUGCUGGAUAGUGGUAGCAGUUUGUACUUCGAUAUGCACGAUCUUGUUCGAGAUUUUGCCACAUCGACUGUUUCUAAGGAGUAUGGCGUGUUGGCUUUAACAGAAGACGCACCAAUCAACUGGUCACACAUGGAGGCGAUGGAGAGCAUCAAAUGGAUUUAUUUAUCAAAUGGGGACACCAGUCUGCUUCCAGAUGAGUUGAAAUGUCCGAAACUUACUUUCUUUCAUUUCUCCGAAAAGAGUUCUUCUCUAGCAAGUCCACCAAACUUGUUUAGGGAUAAGGAAGGACUCAAAGUCUUGAGUUUGUCGAAAAUAAAGUUUUUGCCAAUCCCUUCCUCAUCAAUUUCCCUCCCAAAAAACCUUUGUACCUUGUGUCUGGAUCAAGUUAAAUUAGGAGCGAUAAAUAUAGGCACAAUAGUGGGAGAGCUGGAGAAUUUGCAAGUCCUCAGUCUUGCAGGAUCUGAUCUCGGAGAGUUGCCAAUGCAAAUGGGGCAGCUAACCAAGCUGAAGUUGUUAGAUUUGAGUGAUUGUACCGAACUCAAAGUAAUUCCACCAGGUGUCUUGUCAAAUUUGUCAGGAUUAGAAGAACUAUAUAUGAGAAACAGCUUUGUUCAAUGGGCGGAGGGCAUUGAGGAGCAUGAAAAUCAAAAUGCUAGCCUAGCAGAGUUGGAGCCUUUAGAAUUGUUGACUACUAUGGAGGUACAUGUUAUUUGCAAUAUUCAGAAGAUUCCAGAAGGCUUGUUCUCUGAAAAUUUGGCAAGAUUCAAAGUUUUCUUGGGAGGUAGGUGGAACCACUGGAAUAGUUCUUGGGGAAGUCCAAAAUUACUGAAGCUAAAGCUAGAUGCAGGAAUUAGUUCUUGCCACUCAAUUAGGAAGUUGCUAAAGAAGACAAAUGAACUACAUCUAGAAGGAUUGAUUGGUGUUAAAAAUGUAGUCAAUGAGUUAGAUGAGGAAGGUUUCCAAGAAUUGAAGUAUCUCUGUGUCCAAGAUGGUUUGGAGAUUCAACACAUCGUCUCAGUGGAGCAUGCAUUUCCUGUAUUGGAGGUAAUAUUUCUUCGCAAUUUGGAAAAUAUGGAGAAGAUAUGUCAUGGCCCGCUAGGAGCAGGUUCUUUUAGAAAAUUGAGGUUGAUAACUAUUGAAUGUUGUAACAAGUUGAAGAAUUUGUUCUCCGCCUCUAUAGCCAGACAGCUUCAGCAACUACAAGAAAUUAGAGUGAAACACUGCAGUGACAUGGAAGAGACUAUUGAUGACAAAGAGCAAGAGAGUGGGAAUAGUCCUGAAGAACGUGAAGGACAUAUUGUGGAAUUAAUUACUCUGCGAUCCUUGAAGUUACAACGUUUACCAAAGCUGAUUAGCUUCAACAGUAGUUACCGGAAGAUGACUUUUUUCAAUAAAAAGGUUGUGUUUUCAUCAAACCUAGAAGAGUUGCAAUUGUGCUCGAUUGAGCGUAUUAGCACCAUAUGGCACAAUUCGAUGAUAUCUUGUUUUGAGAAACUGAAGAUAUUAAUUAUUCAUGACUGUAAAGAUCUGCAAUACCUACUCUCAUCUUCGGUUGAAUCGGAUUCAGAAGGGAUGAUCCAACUUCUCCUUCCAAAACUAAAGAGCCUAAGAAGGUUCCCUCUUUAUCUUCCCCAAGUUGAAAAUGGACAACCAUCUCCUCCUCCUUCCCUCAAACAAAUCAUAGUAUGGCCACAUGAAUGCUGGAAAUCUUUAGAGUGGGACCAUCCUAAUGCAGAGCGUGUCCUUCUACAAUUCUGUGGAAGAUAUCAUUCGUUUCCUUUCAAAUUAGGAGAAGGGCGUAUUAAAAGAUUAGAGUUGACCGAUAUUGAUGUAGAGAAUACUUGGGUGCCACCAUCCGUACAAGAAUUAGUUCUUAAUGGAUGCAACUACUUAAGAAGCUUAAAUGAUAUCUCUUCCACUAAAGAUGCAGAAGAAUUGAAGUGCUAUAGGAUUUGGGACUGCAAUGGCGUGAAGUGUGUUUUUUCCUCUUCCAUAAAUCUACUGGCCCAAAAGCUUGAGGCUCUGGAUCUUUUUAGUUUGGAAAACUUGGAAGCCCUUUUUGAAGCAGAGGCAAUUACCAAGUCACCACUACCACCUGACACUUUUUCAUCUCUUAAAACCAUAAGUGUUCGGUACUGUCAUAAAAUAAAGACGUUGUUCCCCUUUGGGAUGAAUCUCCAGAGUCUAGAAGAAAUUCGCAUUGGAGAUUGCCUUCAGAUGGAAGAAAUAAUAGUAUGGGAUGCAGAAGAAGGAGGAGGAGAAAAAGAAGGGGUCAUCCAACUCAUUCUUCCAAAAUUAAAAAGUUUGGAAUUGAAAGACAUGCCUGCAUUGAAAAGCAUCUGUGGCAGGAGGGCAGUAAUGGUAUGUGAUUCUCUUGUAGAGAUUUGGAUCGACAACUGCGAGAGUCUAAGGAGGAUCCCUCUUUAUCUUCCCCUGCUUGAUAACGGACAACCAUCUCCUCCUCCUUCCCUCCAACAAUUCAAUGUAUGGCCACAAGCAUGGGGGGGAUAUUGGUUGGAAUCGUUGGAGUGGGACCAUCCCAAUGCAAGGGCUGUCCUUCUACGCUUCCGUAAAUUCACUCCGAUUCCGGGGAGGUUCGAAAUGUCUUUAAAUCAACGAAGAAGAUGAGGAAGAAAUCACUUCACUCUGCAAUAGUCAUCUUCACCAUGUCUCCUCUAAUCAAUGUGGAAAAGGAAGCUGAGAUAUCCGCCUCUAUCUCUUCAUGGGCAUCAAGGAAUUUGGAUACUUCUCGAAGGAGGGGUUCCGCAAUUCUCAAUUUGUAGUGCAUUGUGAAUUGUAUCAUUUUCUGUAACUGUUUGGCACCCAAGAUGUAGUCGUAUUAAAACCAAACCUGGCCGAUUCAGGAGCUCUUGGACGAGGUGUAGUUUACUGGCUAAAGGUAAUUGUGGGUUUUAAAAGACAUUUGGUUUACUCAGUUCAUUUCGUUCUUUCUAGUUAUGUGUGAUUCCCCUGAACUCUUCUGCUGCUGAUUUCAUGUGAAUGUUGAACAGGAUUCCUUAGUCACUGUUGCUUUUGAUAACAUCCCAAAAGAAGAUUUAAACAGUCCCUUCCCUCUAGAAAAUGUGUCAAACUAGGUCUACUAUUAAAAUUCUUCAAUAGCU